AUGGCGCCCAAGCGGUCGGCGGUGGUGGACGUGUUGGCACGGAAAGGCUACUAUGACGAGAUGACCAACACCUUCGAGGAGAUCAACGAGAAGCGCGACAUCGUCGAGAAGGAGCUUCAGGAGUUGGUGGAGGAGCGGGAAGAGCUCGUGAAGGCCAUUGCCGAACUGCAGGCAAGGCUGGAGCAGAUUGCAGUGUCCAACAAGGCCAAUUGCAAGACGCUCCGGAAGACGGAGCGGAUCCUCCGGCAGCUGGAGCAGGGCGGCGCCGUGGCGCGCGCCGCGCUGCGGAAGCUGCUGCUCUCGCGGAUGACGCUGGAGGAACGUGUGGCCAAGGUUCGAGAGGACUUCCAGCUGAGCUGUAACUGGCCGGCUUCCCCGGUCUCACGACAGAGACUGAAGAAGGAAGACUUGACCAUGACCAGGACCGAGGAGGAUGGGAGCGAAGUGGUGCUUCCCAUGCGCUCCUACUGCGCCACCGGCAUCGAGAAGCCACCGGUGAUUGUCUACUUUCACGGCGAAUCCUACGUGGCUGGCACGCUGGACACCCACGACUGGCUUUGCUCGGCCCUGGCGCAGCUGUCCCAGGCGGCGGUGCUCAGCGUGGAGUACCGCAGACCGCCCGAGGUCCGCUUCCCGGUGCCGGUGGACGACGCCUGGGCGGCGCUCCAGUGGGCGGCGGCAGGCAGCCUCGGCUGGCCGGCCCCAGCGCUGGCGGUCGCCGGCGACGCGGCAGGUGGCGCUCUGGCCAUGGCCUGCGCGCUGCGGGCGCGCGCGGCCAGCGAGCGCGGGGAGGAGGAGGUGCCUGACCUGCGGGUGCAGGUCCUAUUCUACCCAUGGGUCGAUGUGAGGCCCAACAGUGAUUCGAUGCAGAGCUGUCAAGAAGACAACGAUCUGCACAUCCUCAUGCAGGAGGACUUAGCCUUCGCCAGUGAGAUCUACGGACCUCCACGUGUGAAGAGUAGCGAGGAGGAGGAAGAGGAGGAAGAGGACGACGAACCGAAGGUGGAGGAGUGGAUGAAGGUGGAAGAAGCCUCACCGCUCUUAGCCGGCACCCUGCAGAACCUCCCACGGACCUUCCUCGCCUAUGCGGCAGAUGAUCUUUUAGCACCGGACUGCCGUGCGCUAGUGAGCCGCCUGCGGAAGGAGCAAGGUGCCGAGGCGGUGCAUGAGCUCGAGCUGCCGGGGCCUUUAGGCCCCGGCUUUGCGAAGGAUCCCACCAAGGCCGCCAGCUAUGCCGCCCUGGCCGCCGCCGGGGCCUUUGCCAGCGGCGCCUUCAUGGGCAGGGUCUUUGGAAGCUUCCAGAGUCCGUAUGAACUUCCACAGGCAGCUGAAGAGAACAGUACAACGGGAUACUUGCCCUCACCCGAAGAUCAUGAAGGGAAUACCACGUUGCUCUCCUGGCUCUUCCGCGAUGCGGCGACGGUCGCGUUGAGAACGACCUCCCCAGCUGCGACAUGGAGCUUUGAAGUGAGGCUGCCAGAGGAGCAUCCUGCACUGGUGGAGGUGGAGGGCAGGUGGUGGUGUCGAGCUUCACCCUUUCAGUUGGAGUUGCCACUCGGGCACAGCUACCCCUUGCAGAUCCGAGCCGUGCUUAGAGAUGGCUCCGAUGUGCUUUGCUCCUCCGCGUGGAGCCCCUCCACCACGGUGGACCUGCGGCCGUUGGCGACGAAGAACGGACCGUCUCGCUUGGAGGCUCCCAGCAAGCCGAACUUCCAGGAGUUCCUCCGAGGCAUCUCUCCGGACCGGCGGAGCCCUUAUAGGCGGGAGACAUCGGACGAGCAGCGUACGGGAGGAUCCGGAGGAUUCCCUGCAACAUCGCCUUCGACCAGUGCAGGGGAUGCAACAGCCACCGACCUUCUCACAGAGCCCCAAACGCCAUCCGCCAGUCCGCGGAAGCCGCGCGACGUGGCGGAGCUUUGGAGUUCAGAACGCGCCAGGAAGGCCUUCUUCGACUUUCUGCCAAUGUCCAUGGUGGUUCGCUGGCGUGCCACCAACGGAGUGCUGAAGGGGCAGGUGGCUUUGUACUUGCGAGCUCGCGCAGGAAGCUCCGCCGAGCCUGACGAGCCAGAAGCUGACGAAGUGCCGGAACCAGACGUGUGCGAGCCCGCCCAAGACGAGCCUCCGCUGGCCCGGGAAACAAAAGAGGAACUGCCGGAACCAGCAGCGGACCAGCUAGCACACAUCUCAGGCCUCCUCCGGCCAUCGCUUCCGCUUCCGGUGCGCGCCGCGUCGGGCAGCUUUCGCAGUGCCAUGCCUGCGUGGGGCGAGGUGCAGCGCGAUUUGGGGCGUCUGCUGGCAGAUCCAUCUUUCAGGAUUUUCCUCUUGUCCAGCACAGCCUCCUUGCGACCCUUGCGUCUUCCGGUCGCUCCAACGAUUCUUGAGCGUUUGCAGCUGCUCCUGGCAGAGCAGCUGAACGAAGCGCCAGAGCUUGGCUUUGCCCAGCGCGUGGCCACUGCCAUGUCCGCCACGGUGGGCGUAGACUUCGCCGUGCAGGUGGGAUUGAUGCCACAGUUUCACCAGCCCAUGUUCAUCCUUUUCCUGGGAGGCGGAGGCCCGGAGGUGCGCCUGUUGGUGAACGGCUUUGUGGCAUCCAAGCCGAAGCACGUGCGCGGCGACCGGCCGGAGCGGAAGUGCACGCCGUGGCUCGCCUCGCUGUGCUCGCCGGAGCUGAGGGCUGGGACCCCUGAUGGGAGCGAGACGAUCUGGGAGUACUCCGUGCGCGAAGCCUAUGCCGAAGACACAGGCUCCGCUGUGGAGUGCUUUCGGCCACUGCUGGACGCCAUGGCCCAGCGUGGUUGGAGUGGAUGGCCCAUGCAGUGA